AUGGGUAACACAGUUGCACCUGAUGAAUCGACAGUAACUAACUCUAGUACAACACCAUUAAGAAGAUUAUACGAAUAUUUUCGAAAGCGAAGAUUAAUUUGUAUAAUAUUUUUCAUUAUUUGUAUUGUUGUUAUUGCAGUUGUUGUAACAACUAUUGUCUUAUUGAUCAAAGCUGAAGGAGAAAAAACAUCAACAAUGGAGAAAACAACAUCAUCAACAGCAACAACAGCAUCAUCAUCAUCAUCAUCAACAAAUACAAGCGGUAUGAUUUUGUUAAAACUAAUAGAUUUUAAAAUUUCGCCAAUGCGGCUUUCGCCAAUUUCACUGUGA